ACUCUUACUGACUAAAAACCCCCCGUUCCUUCUGCUCUGGGCAGAGGCCGCGGUGACUCAUUGCGCUUAACUCGCAACCCUUGCCCCUUUAUCGUGCUGGGACUCCUUAAGUUUCAUCGGCACGCACAUUUUAUCAACUUAGUUUUAUUAUGUAUAAUGAUGAUUAUAAAGAGUACAAUAACAAAUGGAAUGAUGAAUAAGAGAUCAUUAUAUCCAUUGGGGCAGGCCGUGAAGUUACAGGGCACCAAUAAUAAAAUACAAAAAAGUAUAUCGAUUCUCGUGUUUUAAAAAUCAAUACAGGCUGUUUACCAAGAGAAAAAAAUCCGUUUAUAUCACAACACAGACUUAAUAAAAUAUAUUGUCUAUUUAUCUUAAAAUGACUAGAAUUAACAAACCCAUGUUUAAUAUAAUGGGACUAAUACCCCAUUUUUUGGUCGAGAACGAUUAAUAUCAACUGUAUAAUAAAUUAAUAAUCAUCUACAAACUAAGGGACUAGAAGCAAGUCUUAUAAUCUUUUGUUUCUGUAAGUUCAAUUAACAACACCACAGUAGUAAAUUAUCAAAGCUGCUGGAUAAAAUAUAAAGAAGAAGCAGUUCCUUACUAAACCAAGGCCCGCUUUGAUUGAGUGUUCUUGGACUGCUUCUUGUGUUUUCUUUUCCUGCUUUCAAUGUCUGAAUCACUGCUGGAUGUCGAUGACGUAGACGUACUCGUUGAUGAGGUGGAACAGGUUGUCGAGGUGGUGCUUGGUGAUCGUGAUGUUCUUCUCUUUUUACUUUUGCUAUUCUUCUUCCUUUUGGCUUUCUGCAGUUUCUCUUGCAACUUCUGUCUCUGUUCUGCUUUUUGGAGUCGCUGUAGUGGUGUAGCAAUCUCUUCCUCAUCAGUUCCACUGCUUGUACUGCUGACAUCCAACAUUAUCUCCUUAUUAGGAUCCACCUUUAUAAAGUUUCUACAUUGAAAUGUAAGAUGCCCAGCGUAACCGCACUUCUUACACGCAGCCCGAGCAGCGUCUUUGCCAAACUUAUUCACUGAGUCUGUAAAGUUAGCAGACAUUCUUGCUACGGAAACAGGAAAUCCAAACCAAGAACCAAGCGAUUUUUAUCUAAAUGUUUUUUAAAUAACAGGCUUUAAUGACACUAAAUAUCAGAUAUUAUCUUAAUCUCUGAAAUAUUAAUAUGAAAUACCAAAUUCAUUAAUUUAAUAAAAAUUAAUCUACAAGGGUUUUUUCGGGUGCUGUCGCGAUGUUGUACUGUAAUAUUGUAUUAUCAUAUCUACACAACUAGUACUCUUACAAUUACAACCAUAUUGACUAAAAU